GUAUGAAACGCUAUUUUGCAUUGGUGCCAUUUUCAUUGCAAAGUGUAGUGUCAUUGACGGCGGUAGAAGAUUAAAAUUUAGUUUUUCAAGUAAUAUAACGAAAAAUGACUUUUUUAACUGAAAAUUCUCGUGGGUCUUUGCCCGAUUAUGAAACUCAAGCAGCAAAAAUGCAAAGUUUCAACCCAUAUGCUGAUAAUGGAGGGAGCGUCAUAGCCCUUGCAGGAGAUGACUUUUGUGUAAUAGCAGCAGACACUCGCCUUAGUGUAGGCUUUUCCAUUUAUACACGUGAACAGCAAAAAUUGUUUCCUUUAUCAUCCAAAACUGUUCUGGGAUGUUCUGGUUGUUGGUGCGACACUUUGACUUUAACAAGAUUUUUGUCUGCUAGAAUGCAGAUGUAUGAACAUGAGCAUCAGAAAGAAAUGGCAACACCAGCAGUAGCUCAAAUGUUGUCAACAAUGCUGUAUUAUAGACGUUUUUUCCCCUAUUAUAUCAGUAAUAUAAUUGGUGGAUUAGACGACAAAGGUCAUGGAUGCGUUUACAGUUAUGAUCCAAUUGGACAUUGUGAAGCAGCAAAGUACAGAGCAGGUGGUUCUGCUGGUGCACUUCUACAGCCUCUUCUUGACAAUCAGAUUGGAUAUAAAAAUCAAGAAGGUGUUGAACCAGUUCCCUUGACGCAAGAAAAAGCCAUUGCAGUUAUAAAAGAUGUUUUUAUUUCAGCAGCAGAAAGAGACAUUUAUACAGGUGAUUCUAUAAGUAUUAAAAUUAUAACAAAAGAUGGUAUAAAGGAUGAAAGUUUUGAAUUAAGGAAAGAUUAAUGAAAUGGAAUGAAAAUGAUGUAUUGUUAAAUUUCUAUACAAAUAAAGUUAAUACUAACUAGUAUAAUUAAUAUUUA